GUUAAUAAUUUCGCAGGUAUUAUCACGCAUUCUUAUCACUGGUAGUUUCAACCUCGAGAAUAUAAGUAUAUUUACAAUGUCCAAUACAUAUACUUUCGCGACAAAUAAAAGUGAACGAUAUUAUUAUCAUUCGCGUUAAUACUUAUCCAUUUUAGGACAUGUCUAUAAUUUUCUCUUUUUUUCUCAUACAAUCGCACGAUACGAUCGCAUUGAUUUUUCAUACGUGAUAUUUUAGAUAGCUAUAUCCUCGCAUUAGCUGGAAUGUCGCACGUCGCACGGGUUUAAAAGAUACAUUUAAUGCCGAUGAUAACAACAUUAGCCAUCCACUUCUCGGUAUUAUUAGUAUUACAAAAACGUUUGCGUUAUUGUAUAUCUAUUAAAUAAUCAUUUAAAACGAUAGACCGAUUUUAUAAUGAAACUUUAACGUAUAAUAUUCUACAUGUUUGCGUACGAGCCACGGUAUAUUUUUUAGUUACGUACUUUUCUCAUUUUUCAUCCCUUUAGCGACGUAUGAAAAAUUGUCAUCCAUUUUGGAGAGAUUGUAGAAAGGUAAUUAACAUAGAACAAAGUAAACCGAUACUAGGCAGCUGAUAACAGAACAUCAUUAUUUAGAAAAUUGUUUUCCUUGUUACAUUAUUCUCAUUAAGUUGAACAAACAUGUUUUUCAAUGUCGAAAGAAGGACGUCCAUAGAUUAAUCGGCGCAAUUAAAAGACAAAAUACGGACUGAUAACAAUUCGUGGAUUAAGCAUGCAGUGAAAAAUUUUACGAAUAACAAUUUCAAAUCGUUGUUCACGUUUCUGGUGUACGCUUGCAGUUAAGAACAUAUAAUUCCAUUCUUAUAAAUGAAAAAGAAAAACAUGAGAGUUCUAUGGAGCGCUUAAAGGUAACUUAAUCUAAUAAAAUCGAUAAAUGUCGAAUUCAUAAAUUUUAAUCCUUUAAGUCGUUCUCCGUAUCGCGGGAGAUAAAAGUUAAAUGGAACGCAUGAAAGAAAAUUGUUUUACGCGACAUCUAAUGGGCGACUUGAGCGCAAAGUCAGUCAAUAUCAUCUGUUAUCAGUGUUAUACAAUUUGAGAAUUUCCAUACGUUCAGGAAGAACGAAAUUCACUUAUUUUUUAAAGAUUUUCAGAAUUUCUCUCUCAUUAUGCAGUGACCUAAUGAUUGCAGUAUCGCACAAGCCGUAGCUUUCACAGAGAGAAAAGUGUCUUCCUCUGUUAUUCUUGAAACGUUAAAAUUCAAGCUGCGUGGUAGCCAUGGUUCCUUCUCUCAAUUCCUAUUCUGUAACAUACUUUUUUCUACAGAGAAUUAUAGUAAUCGAAAAAUGCAUAAUUUCCGCGUAAUUUUAAAUUUCAGCGCAAUCGCCUUGCGCUUUGCCAAGGCCGCUAAGCGAUCCCCUAUCUCCUCCCUUCUCUUGCGGCUCUUUACCAGAGUGGUAGUGUCAUCUGGUGUCAUCGUUGUCAUGGCAAUGAUCGGGAUACAAAUACGUAAAUUAAUAAAAAUAUGCACGCGUGCACUUGCACGCCCGUGCAUAUUUUCCUUAAACGGGUGUCCGAUACGUGCGUUGCACGGAAUUAAUCAAUCUUGACGGAAUACGUGUCUAAAGUUAUAUCGUUUUUAAACUGUGUAAAAGGAUCACACAUGGCCAGUUUUAACAAUAGUACUGAACAGGAAAGGAGGAAGCUGUAGGAAGUUAGCAAAUCUGAGGAGCAGUCAGGAGACCACUUGUGUUCCAGUUUAUCGUCGCAGGCGAAUAUCGAGAACGAAGCACACAUUAAAAACUCAUAAUUUACAUAAAUAUCCAUCAGAUUACGUGAUCGAUGGUAUAAAUGAUUAUGAAGACGAGAUGUCUUCAAGAGCCAGGAGUAAAAGCCAUGAGCGUGAAAGAAAUAGGAGGUUAAAUGAAGAUGGCAAUCACCAAAAACAAAUUCUUGAUGAAGGUGAUGCAGAUUCAGGCAUUAAUUCGCUAACAACGAAAGAAAAGAGAAUUUCAAAAGAGAAGUUGAAAGUAGCUAAUGAAUAUAACAAGUUAGAAAAACGUUAUAAGAACAUUCAAGAGGAAUGUGAAAAAUUAAGUAAUGUAUUGAGGCAACGAGAAUCAGAGUAUAAGACAGUGUGUUUGCAUUAUGAGGCAUUGGUCCAGAUGGUCCAAGAGCUGGAAGAAACGAAAGUUAAUUUGGUUAAGCAAAACCAAAAGCUUGAAGCCAAGAAGGCUCAGUCGACUCAGGAUAUAACACUUUUGAAGAGUGUUGUUUAUCAGUUAAACACGGAACUGGAGAGGUAUCAGGAUAAGUUAAGGGAACAGAAAAUCGAUGUUUCUGCGCGCUUAGAGAACAGUGAAGAGAAAUAUGAUGCAAGAAUUUGGGCAGGCAUCAAUUUUCAUGCAUUGGGCCCACUUUUGAAUGCUUACCAAGAAAAUUUAUCAGAGAAACGGGAACUUGUGCAGAUGUACGAAGAGGAAAUGGCUGAUUUUGGUAAUAGGUGCAAGGAAAUUCUUACAGAAAACGAGAUUAUGCAUAAAGAAGUGCAAGAAUUGAAAUCCGAGUGUGAUAGAUACGCGAAGGAUAUUAAGAUAUUGAUCGAAAAUACCGCGUCGCUGAGGAAGCAAAACGAUGCGAUGAAAAAGGAAGCUAUAGAUGUGAAGAGAGAAGCUAAUGACGUUCGUCGAUCGUGCGAAUUAAAGGUCGAUAUAAUUUUGAAACAUAAUGAAGCGUUGAAGAAGGACCUUUCGGCUACUGUGACGGAACUCAGCAAUCUCCGCGGAAAAUAUGAAGUUCUAGACAAAGAAUUUGGAAAGAUGAAGAGUAAAGAAGAACAAACAGUCCCUGCCAGCGUUCACACGACUGCCAUCGAAGAAUGUAAAACACUGUUAGACGAUUUGAAAUACCAGUAUGAAAAUGAAAAGCGCAACCUUUGUAAUCAUAUAAAACGCAUAGAGGAGAGUCAACCUGAGAACGAGAAGCAGCUUAUAAUGGUGAUGGCUGAAAGGAAUCAUUUGAAGGAUCUUACGGACAACUUGGAAAGAAACUUGAAGCAUACGCAACGUAAGGUUGAGCAAAUGCAAUCCAUGGUUUAUUCGACUCGUAUUUCACGUAAUUCUUUGAAAGAGCAAUUAAGCAGAGUGACCGCGUAUUGCGAAGAAUUAUUUUCGGAGUAUGAAAGGAUCGUCGGGGAGAGAGAAAACUUACUCACUGUUUUACGCGAAACGGAAAAAGAAAAUGCAAGCAUGGAUCGCAUGGGGAAGAGUAUUACCAGCCGAGUGGAAGCAUUGAAAAAUCAAUUGGACACUGUUCGGAAAGGUACUAAACAGGAGGUAGAUUCCGUGGAAAAACGUAUGAAGUUACAAGAGCUCCAUGUGCGCCGAAUGAAACGCGACUACCAACGUAAAAUACAACAGUUAAAUGAUAUGAUUAAAGAAAAAGAAAAUAUUAUCGAUAGACUUCAAAAAGAAAAGCAUGGUAGUCAAAAUAUUUCGGAUGAUCGGGGGUUGCGUUCGGAGAACAAUGACGAAUCCGUGCAGUUGUAAUAAUAAGACGAAAAAAAUGAUGAUCUUCGAUUCGGACAAUGUCGCGUCGUUUAAUAGCGUGAUAGGAGAUCGUACUUUGAUUUCCGAUGAAUCUCGUAACAAGCAUCUAAUUAUGGAAUAGGUGCUACUCGAGGCACACCGUUCCCGUAUUUGCCGACGGUGUCAGUCGCUUUAUUUAGCGGUGACAUCAAACAAAGCAAGUGGCCACGAAGGCUACUGUUCGCUACCGUAUUGAACCGCCGACGGCAAUGGAAGUUCUACUAAUCUCACGGUGAAAAAAUUGAUGUCAUCUAUUAUAGGUAUGAUGUCAGCGUCCGAUUCAUUCAUACGUAAAAUACACCUGCCGUCUCAGGCAUUUUUAUAGAAUGUAAGCCGAACCGUCGGUAAUGUUAUCGUAAUGAGAUUUGAAAUAGACGCGAAUUAAGGGUUGUGGCGAAGCUUUCGGCCUCAUUUCGAAACUGAAAUACACAUGAACAUUACAAAGA